UAAAACGAGACGUUCGUGCAAGAAGGCGCCGUCAUCUUUGAUCGCGGUGGACCUUGGUAUCGAUCCUCUGCAGCGGUGGGAAGUAGGUAGCAGGUGGGCCGGGUGCCGCAGCCUCCGGUCGCAGCUCUGCCUCCCUGUCGUCCCGCCGCGGGCCCACCAUGCCGCAGUACCAGACCUGGGAGGAGUUCAGUCGCGCGGCCGAGAAACUCUACCUCGCUGACCCGAUGAAGGCACGUGUGGUUCUCAAAUAUAGGCAUUCUGAUGGGAGUUUGUGUAUGAAAGUAACAGACGAUCUAGUCUGUUUGGUGUACAGGACAGACCAAGCUCAAGAUGUGAAGAAGAUUGAGAAAUUCCACAGUCAACUGAUGCGACUCAUGGUAGCCAAGGAAUCCCGCAGUGUUGCCAUGGAAACGGACUGAAUGGUUUGCGACACAGCCUGUUUACCACAUUUGUAGGAAGUAAAUCUCCUGGAUUGAGAAAGUGUUGUGGCAGAAAAUACUUUAUGUAAUAACUUAGUGGCCUAUUCAGAAGCUGAAAGGUCAUUUUUUUUACUUUGUUUUUUAAUGUUUACUUUAGCGAGCCAGGAAUAUAAAUGCUUUCAGUUAGAAAGCCUUUAUUUUUGGAAAUUAAACAAGAAAGUUGGCUCUCUUAAACAAAGCUUUCUGCAGAUUCUUUGAUGCUGGGCAAAAUAUUGUUUCUUGUAGUAAGUUUGUAUCAAUAAUUUGAAAAUGAUAUCAAGAAAAGCCUAUUUCGUUUCUUCAUCUUUAAAAGAAAUUAAACGUAACCAUUUUGUUGGAUUGAUAGGUUCCUUUUGGGGCACAAAAUGUGUGCAGUCGGUGACCAGCAAAUCCAAAGUGCGGUGACCAGAGUUAACCUCACCCAGCAGGACCUGCCGUGUCCGUGCCCGGCAGUGUGGUCUCAGCUGUGUCUGAAAGUAACUGUGGAACCGUGCUUUACCUUGGACUUGCCACAUUUCAACUGUAUUUUGAAUAUAAGGACUUCACAGUAGCAUUAGCUCGUCCAGCAGACUUUGCAUCUAGCUUUCAGAGCUCAAAACAAGUGAACACAGCGAUCACUGAUGGGCCGACGUCAUUGUGUUCCGGAACGUUGGUCACCGGCUCCCCGAGCAGCCUGUCAGAGGGGCCACGGACUGCGCGUACUUUUAACCUUUGCAGCCCAUUCAGCCCCCGCCCGCUCUCUCUCUGCCUAACCAGGGUGUCGAGCACAACUGCACAGCUGUUGUGUUUUCCGUGAAACCGCAAGUAUAUUGCUUGAUAUUUAUCUUAUGUCUGUAACCUGAAUUCCACCACUCAAGUGUAAUGUUCACACGUUGAUUCCUGUAUUAAAAUACUCUUGUUAGGAAGUUGUCCUGUUGAGCAACGUUUUAAUAUGGAAAGUUCCACUAGCCAUAUGAAUGCUGACAUUUCGGAGAGGCCAGGAAAUAAAAUAUAAGGUGAAUAGA